AUGGCGAAACCAGAAACUAGUGAAAUAAGUCGACCAAUUGCUCACCUAAAACCACCUACUGAAUUUGACUUCGACGUUUCAAAUGUCGCGCACUCAUGGAAACGUUGGCGAGAAGAGGUAGAGCUGUAUAUGGAAUUGGCUAUGGUUGGAAAGAAAGAAGAGACGAUAGUUAAACUCUUUCUGUACAUUGUUGGAAGUCAGGGUCGAGAAAUAUACGAGACAUUAUCGUUUGAUCAAGAACCCGAAAAGCGGAGCUUUAAAGACAUUGUUGAAGCAUUCUCGAACUAUUGUGAUCCGAAGAAAAACGAGACGGUAGAGAGAAGAAGUGUGCAAGAAGCGAGAGAAACAUUAGAUAAGUUUAUCACAGAUGUGAAAAUUCUGGCUGCAACGUGUAACUUUGAACAGCUUAAAGAAUCAUUGAUCCGAGACCGAAUAAUUUGUGGCAUGACUGACUCGAAGCUACGACAGGACUUGUUAAAAAUACCUGAACUGAGCCUGGAUAAAUGCAUAGAGAAUUGUCGCGCAGCUGAACUAUCAAAAGAACGAAGUGAAGAGAUCAAAGACAACGAUAGAAUUUAUGCUUUCAACGCUGGACAGGGCGGUAAGCAAAAUAGAAGCCGAAAGGUAAGAGACGAAUAUAAUUCUAAACAGUUGAACAAUGCCGUAGGCGUAGACAGGAAAUGCAAAUAUUGUGGGGGUAUGCAUGAAUGGAACAAAACAAAGUGCCCUGCGUAUGGGAAAGAAUGCCGAAAGUGCCGUAAAUUAAAUCAUUUUGCCUCUGUGUGCAAAACUAAAAGACAACAGUUAAAAAGGUAGACACUUCUAGUGAUAGCAGCGACUAUGAGGAAAUUAAAAUGGUAAAAGUGGACGAUAAGAGAAAGCCAGAAAAAUCGUCAAGCACAAAACAAUUCCCAAAGCGAUUAUAUGCCUCAAUAACUGUUGGUAAACAGCCGGUGAAUUUUCAAUUAGACAGUGGCGCGACAUGCAAUGUCAUUUCAUUAUCUAUGUUAGAGCGCUGUUUAGGAAAAGUUCAAUUGAAAGGAACAAGCCGAGUUCUCAAGAUGUAUAACAAAGCGACGGUACAACUGGUCGGACAGUGUGUGUUACAAUUAAAAAAUGAGAAAACUGGCAAAAGCUAUGAAACUGAAUUUGUUGAAACAAGAACGCACACCAUUGUUAGGCAGUGAAACAAUUCAACAAAUGAGUCUAAUUACAGUCAGAAAGGAGAAUAUAUUGUUGUUGUCGGUUAAAUCGAGUAAAACAGCGUUGACUAAAGAUACCCUUAUUGAACAAUAUUCAGAUGUUUUUCAGGGGACUGGCAAAUUUGACGAACAAUAUCAUGUAACAAUUGAUCCAGAUGCAAGACCUGUGGUUCAUCCACCAAGACCAGUACUCUAUUGAAGAGAAUUGGAGAGGUUAGAGUCUGAAGGCAUUCUUAAAGUGGUAACCGAACCGACACCUUGGGUUUCGAAUAUGGUUAUUGUUAGAAAACCAACUGGCAAGCUACGUAUAUGUAUAGACCCGAAGGAUCUGAAUAAAGCUACCAGACGCAGCCACUAUCCAAUUCCAACGACAGACGAGAUUUUGCCCGACCUGAGAGAAGAAAGAGUGUUCAGUGUAUUCGACGUGAGAAAUGGGUUUUGGUAUGUGGAGCUAGACGAAGAAAGUUCCCUACUGACUACCUUUAUAACCCCAUUUGGCCGUUAUCGCUGGAUGCGGAUGCCAUUUGGUCUGACAAGUGCACCAGAAGAGUUUCAACGACGCCAACAUCGUGUUAUAGAGAAUCUUCCAGGAGUGGUAGCAAUUCACGAUGACAUCCUGGUGAUUGGCAAUGGUGCUACGCGUGAAGAAGCACAGCGAGAUCAUGAUGUGAAAGUUUAUGCAUUAAUGCGUCGAUGUCGUGAGAAGAACACCACGUUGAAUGCAGAUAAAGUCAAACUGAGUUGUAAUGAAGUUACAUUCAUGGGUCAUUUGUUGACAGACGAAGGACUGAAGCCUGAUCCAGACAAGGUGAGAGCAAUCUUAGAGAUGCAUAAGCCAACAGAUGUAGCUGCAGUUCGUAGAUUGAUUGGUUUUGUGAACUAUUUACAAAGAUUCUUGCCGAACCUGAGUGGAGUAUGUGAACCUUUGAGGAAACUAACUCAUAAAGAUACAGCGUGGCGAUGGACCGGGGAACAACAGCUAGCGUUUGACACAAUGAAACAGUUAGUUGGCGAGAUAACGAUCCUUAAGUAUUACCAACCUAGUGAAGAGCUUACUCUACAAUGUGAUGCAUCUGAAAAAGGCUUGGGAGCAGUUAUUUUCCAAAAUGAACAGCCGCUUGCGUUUGCAAGUAGAGCGUUAUCUCGAGCAGAAGUCAACUAUGCUCAGAUCGAGAAAGAGCUUCUGGCCGUGCUCUUUGGUUUGGAGAAAUUUCGCCAGUACACAUACGGUCGUCCAGUGCAAGUCCAAUCUGAUCAUAAGCCAUUGGAAAGUAUAAUGAAAAAACCCCUACAUAUGGCUCCAAGAAGAUUGCAGAGAAUGUUGUUAAGACUGCAAGGAUAUGAUAUUGAUUUGGUGUAUCGAAGUGGAAAGAAUAUGGAGCUUUCUGACACGUUGAGUCGAGCGUACCUUCAAGAAGGUGGAACCCCGGUCGAGAUUGAAGUAGAGUCGAUCAAUGUGAUGCACAGUUUACCCGUUGACACAGCAAGAUUGGAUGAUAUUCGAGCGAGUAUGGAAACUGAUGAACGUAUGCAAGAGCUGAAGAAAGUCAUUUUGAAGGGUUGGCCAGAUAAGAGAAGUGACGUUCCAGGGCAAGCGAGACAAUAUUUUGGUGUACGUGACGAAUUGACAGUUCAAGAGGGUUUGAUUUUUCGAGGUGAAAGAGUGUUAGUUCCGAAUGAUCUGAGAAAGCAGAUGAUUCAACGUAUUCAUUCGACUCAUAUAGGAGCAGACGGAUGUCUACGUCGUGCAGGAGAAUCUAUCUAUUGGCCAGGAAUGACCAGAGAUAUUAAAGAUCACACUGCACAGUGCGAUGUAUGUAGAUCGUUUGACAAUAAGCAAUCCAAAGAAACACUGAGAUCUCACGAAGUGCCCAAUAGACCAUGGGCAAAAGUCGGAGUUGACAUUUUUACGUUUAAUGAACGAAAUUAUCUGAUAACUGUUGACUAUUUUUCAGGUUUUUGGGAAAUAGAUCUUCUAGAAAAUGUCAAGGCGAAAACGGUGAUUCGGAAGAUGAAAUCUCAAUUCGCGAGGUACGGAGUUCCAGAUGUGUGUAUGUCCGACAAUGGUCCGCAGUUCGUGUCCGAGGAGUAUCAUAAGUUCAGCAAGAGUUGGAAGUUUCAGAGAAUUACAUCUUCUCCCAGACAUCCUCAGAACAAUGGUCGUGUAGAAAACGCAGUCCAAGCAGUGAAACGUCUCAUGAAGAAAGCGAAGAAAGAUAAUGCAGAUGUGUAUUUAGCGGUGCUGGAUUAUCGAAAUACACCGACACAAGGAAGUGAAAGUUCCCCAGCACAAAGACUAAUGUCGCGAAGAACAAAAACAUUGCUCCCAACGACAGCAAAGUUGUUGGCACCAAGAGUUGUAGAGAAUAUAAUCAUCAUCAAGAAAUUGUGAAAGGCCAAGAACGUCAAGCGAAGUAUUAUAACAGAGGAGCAAAAGAUCUACCUCGUUUAAAGAAAGAAGACAAAGUAAGAAUUCAAGAUCACGGACAAGGUCUUAAGAAGCGACUGUGAAAGCAGAAGUUGGUAUUAGAUCAUAUGAAGUUGAAACACAAGAUGGACGAGUUCUGAGACGAAAUCGAAGUCACCUCAGAAAAACAACAGAAGAUGAAGUUGAUGAGACAACUCCAAGAGAAAUUCACACAGACGAAGAUAGAGAAUCGAACCAGACUGAAGAAAGGCAGUCAAAACAAGCGGUAGUUGAACAAAAGUGUAAAAAGAGAACAAAAAGUAGAAAUACGAACACGUUCAGGACGGUUAGUAAAUAGACCUGCGUAUUUGAAAGACUAUGUAUCAUUUGUGUUUUGAAAUGCGAACUGGAUUAAAUAAUAAACUUAAAUAUUUGAACUAGUAAUACUACAGUUAGGUGUAUAUUGUUGUAUUUAAAAAAAACUCUAAAAAAAGUUUGUAUAGUUUUCUAUCUCCUUUUAAAGAAGAAAGGAUGUAACAAGAAGUAUUUAUCAUGGAACAGUAAUGCGGGCUCAUAGUACUAAUGUAUAAAAGAGAUAGCAGUUUUAUUAAAUGUGUCUUAAUCUACUGUACUUAAAUGUGUGCAUGUGUUAAUAUAAAACGGGAUGUUUAACAGUCUUCGAUCGUGCAUUAGUAAAAAUAUUUUCAUUCGCUGAAAGAAAGUAUUUUCAUUUCACUGUGCUCAGGGCUGUCGCUGAUCGUAUAGAAUGGAAAAAUCCAUCUUUCACAUCAUGAAAAUAUUUUAACCAUUGCACUCACAAACAUUCAUUAUUAAUUUUGUAUGCUAUUUAAUUAAGUAAAAUCGUCUAGUGUGCGAAUUCUAAUAAACAAUUAUAUAAUAAUUAUGGAUCUUACAGAUCAGCAAACUACACACAUCUGGCCAUCUUGAAUAGAGUUCUUAUAUAUAGCCAUAAAACCGGUUGCAUGUUUUUUAGGCCUACUCAUUAAUUUAAAAUGGCGUGAUGGCAUGAAUGCAUGUGAUUAUGAUUUCCGAAUGAAACUUAUCAGUUUGUAAAGAAGAAACCAAAUCAUAAUAAUAGAAAACAUUUUCUUUUAAUGGCUAAGCAACCAUAAGUUUGGAGUAAAGUCGUUGUUUAAUGAACAUGAUUAAAAAUACUGCAGUUAUACAGUAACCAUAGGAAAAGGUACACUUUGAAUAAUAUAAGCUGAUUCCGAACUUAUUUUUCAGUUAUCGCCUGUGGAAUGGUUAAGUUAUUUUUAAUCACUUCUCCCAAUGCAUGAUAAAACUUAAAAUUAAAUUUAAUUCAUAAAUUAUGUGUUGUUAACAUGAGUAGAUCAGUAAUGAAAGCUACUACUUUCCCAUUUAUAUAGGGUGUAACAAGUAUCUGGAUUGUAAACCGAGCGAUUGCAGUGGUCCAUUGUAUUGCUCAUGCAGACCUUGAAUUUGUAUCAGUUUGGUAUUGUAUGUUUGAAAAUUUCAUUUUCAAGAUAAUUAAUGUCCUUCAAUUUUAUCAUAGGCGUAUGGGCGGGAGGGGGAGGGGGCACGGGGGGUCACGUGCCCCCCAAAUUUUUUACGGUCGGGUAAAAAUCAAUGCAACAUUCGGGCAAAACAUAAAAAUUUCGGGAAAUUAUGAUAUGUGCUGAAAAAAUUUUGGUAUAUUUGCGAAAAUUACGUGAUGUUAGGGAAAAUUUUCGUAUGUUAUAUGUUUGCAGACAAGUUUUUGGUAUGUCCGGAAAAAUUUUUUUGUGACACGCCAACAAUUUUGGGGAGAAAUAUUGGUAAUCGUUCCAUGUUUCGCGCACCAAUAUAGUAAACGUUAUGUAAUGGAUAUUAUAGUGUACUAAAAAGUUAACUGGAUACCUCCAUAUACAUAUAUACACACUCUAACCCUAUCCCUAACCUUAAACCUAACCCUAACCCCUAACCCUAACCUAACCCCUAACCCUAAUACCUAACCACUAACCCUAACUUAUAUUGGUGCGCGAAACAUGGAACGAUAACCGAAAUAUUAAUGUUCAGUUUGCCUGUUCGGGCAAAAUAUACUGUGCUCCCCUCCCCCCAAACAAGAUAAGGCCCGUACGCCCAUGAACUUUUGAAAAGAAUAAAAAAAUGAUGAAACCUGGAAUUCAAACUAACUACAUAUUUGCAUGCAUGAGUAUCUAUAGUUGACGCCGUUUGUAGGUUUCAAAUGUCAGCGUGAUCGAACGUUGACGAACGAAACACUAGUCAAUUAAAUGGUUCUCGAAGUGAAGCCGUUUUAUAUUGGCAGCGUUCGCUUAAAUGUUUUGCUUUAUACGUGCAAAUCAUGUGUACCGGCUUUGAUGUAAUUAAUGCAUUUGUCCGCGUAGUACUGUAUUAUGGGCAAACAAUUAAUGCUUUUAAAUAUUUUUCAGUGAAAAUGCUUUGGUCGGUGACGAAUUACAUUUUGGUGCCCCAACCAUAAAAAAUAAUUAUUAAUAUUAACAAUACAAUCAAAAGUUAACGGUUAGAGGGUCCAUUGCUGUCUUUGUUAUAGUAAUUGGGAUUUGUGCAACUGUAAAUAUUAAUGAUAUGCAUAUUCUUAUUCUACGCGUACAGACAAGGAAUGCAUGGUUGUACGCUGCCCCUAAAUAAAAAAUAAAAAAUCAGACAUCGGCUGCAGUCGAUGAGGAAUAUCGUUUAAAAUCAUCGUGUCAAAUUUCGUGACCAUCAGACACAAAACGAAAGAGCCUUAUGCUUUUUUGAAAAGCGUCGCCCCCUAACAAGAAGAAGAAGAUUAGCAUGCAGGGAUUGGGCAGCAGUUCCUGGUCCAAAAACAAGAUACCUGCCUUUAGAAAACAUUGCUAUGUCGCUUUUGGAAUUUCGUUAUUGUUUUCCACAUUUUUUAUGUUGUUUGGCCUUUCAACGUCUUGCUAAUGUUAUCUUAUCUUUCCCCUUGAAUUUUAUCUAGAUUCUAAUUUUGACGGACGGUUUUGGUGAAAGGAAAUAAAAUCACAUUGCUGUCAUAUAUAUAAAAUUCAAAGCCUUAAAGCACAAUCAUCAUGUCAUUUAAAACUUAGUAAACUUAACAUUUAUUAAAGAAACUUUGAAUAAGCUAUUUUCAUAUUGGUUGUUGAUUUUGUUGCUGUUUGCAUGAGAAACAGAUGAAGUGCAGAAAAACAAGUUGCAAAGAAAACAGCUAGUAUACUACAGCAUGUAAGCCAAAUUCUUGAAGCGUGAUUCUGAAACAUCAUCGUACUCUUUUCCUAAAAAGUAAUAUCUUGAAACAAUUCUUGAAAAGUGAAACGAAGCUUUUAUCACACUUUCAAAAUCCAUAUUUAUUUUCAAUCAUGACGUUUAUUAAAAAGCGAAGGAAAUCUAGUACAAUAUGCCACUAGCCUGAACGCAGGUUUUACAAGUUAGACCAGUUAAGCUAGUGCUGUCCAAUCGUAUGUCUUUCCACCAAUCCGUGGAAAAUCCAUGUGACCUGCACAAAGAAUGCUAAUCCGACUUUCAGACGCUCUUCAUGCCAAGAGAAUGUCUGUGUACAGGUAAAUAAAAAUAAUCAUGAGAAAACCUCUGAACGUGAGUCAAAGUUGUCGAUGAAAGUUCUUUCCAGUUAAUAGAUUUUGAUAGGGUUUGUGAAGUUUAUUUUUUUGUUUGCAAAGAC